GGAAACAUUGUUGGAUGUCACAGACAGUGAAAUGGAAGAGAUGGAAGCAGAGAUCAAAACAGCGAUUACUGACCUUGUCCUAUCAUGUGAUGAUGAUGUCUUUGAAGAGCUUGUAGACAAAUCUGUGAUAGACGUGCAUGUAACGAACCUGUCUAAACCACUUCUGUUACAAGCGGCUAUCAAGACGUGGCAAAGCAUUGUAAUCCAUAGCAAAAUUAGUGUGGAACAAAGAAACAUUUUGGAGAAGUUGUCUAUCAAGUACCUCUUGCAGACCAUACCUAUCAUGACAGAAUUGAGCAUUCUGCCCAAUAACCAUCUUAAUCAGAGGAUUGAGAUUCAAAUCUUGGAUUCCUUCGUAACCAUGCUUAGUGUUGACAAGUUUUUGUCAUUUAAAGGAACUAUGAUGUGCUUGGAGAGUUGCUUUCUUCUGCGUCUUGAUGAAGUCAGCGAUGCACGAUUCUUCCUGUCUUUCCAUGCGCUGUACGGAGUGCUACAUGCCACCCUGGCACACCAUCCCAGUUCUGUGCUCAGAAUAAUUCCUGCUUUUCUGACCGCCACAAAGUCUCUCCUAAGGGAGUGCAUCCUUAGGAGUGAUCAGGAUAAGCUAGCAGGACAACCAGUUUACCUGGAUAACAUGGUCAGGUGCGCCAACUGUGUCAGCAGGCUUCUGACGCUGUUUGCUGGUCAUCGGACUGAGCUACAUCGGGUGGCAGCAUACCUUGUGUCAGACUAUGCCAACUGGGUCAAGAAGGUUACUCUCCCACCAGCAGUCAAAAAAGCACUGUUACCUGGAGUAUAUGCAUUUUUGGAUUUGUGUGACAAGCAUGCCUUAUCCCAACUGAGGAACAUGCUACCCCCAGGUGUAAGAGAAGUGUUCCACCUCCUCCACAAUGAUUACUUGAAGUAUUUCAAGUAUACUGGCAAAAUAUGAGCAUGCAGUAGCUGCUGGGAGAUUCUCAGGAAAUAUUUUCAGCAAUAGUGCAACAACAGUUUUCAAUUAUUUCAGUUUUUGUUAAUUGGGCUUUGGCAGUGAACCCCUUUAUAAUCUGGGAGCAAACCUGAGUGUAUUUGGAUGUGUUGUAUCCAAGCAGUUGGUAAGACAGUUUGAGGUCAAAAGUUUUUCAUCUUCAAUUUUUCAUUUUUCAAGACUUUUGCCAUAGAAUAUCCUGGCAGAUUUUUGUGCCUGGUUAAAAGAUCAAUUUAUCUCAUUUUUUUUUAAUUUGGGUUUUUUAUAAUUUAUGACAUGAGAAAUCGGAAAAACACCUCGAAGUGAAAAGUGCUUAUUUUUUGAAACAUUCUCGUGCCUAAUUAUACAUAAAUAAGAUGGUGUGAACUUGGAUUUCAAAUGUCAGUUUGAUGAAAUCUCAUGCAGUCUUGUACAGAAAAUGGGUUGUACUGUAGUUUCACAAAAUAAAAUGGGAAUAUAAUGCCUUUGA